UGCAGCGAUGCCACGCAGGCAUUUUUUAUCAGCCAAUAACAGAGCAGGUGGGCGGGUUCAGAGACGUCUUCGUAGCUGAGGAGAAACAAUGGCCCAACAGCAUCAUGGUUACCGGGCUACCAAACAGAGAGCUCGUACAGCUCCUCCAGGAGAUCCCCUUCUUUUUGAGGACACCAGUUCUGGGGUCCCACCCAUUAACAACCAGAGCUACUAUGAAUCUGGUUAUAAUAUGAACCCUGGUAUAUCUGGUGGCCAAGGGGCUGGUGGAGUGAAUAACAUAUUUGCAGAUCCAAUGGCCAAUGCAGCUAUGAUGUAUGGAUCCUCACUUGCAAACCAAGGCAAAGAUAUAGUAAACAAAGAGAUCAGUCGAUUUAUGUCUGUGAACAAGCUGAAGUAUUUCUUUGCAGUUGACAGCAAAUAUGUCAUAAAGAAGUUAUUGCUUCUGUUGUUCCCCUAUACACAUCAGGACUGGGAGGUUCGGUACCACAGGGACUCUCCACUCCCUCCUCGCCAUGAUGUCAAUGCUCCAGAUCUUUACAUACCAACAAUGGCAUUCAUCACCUAUAUUUUGCUGGCAGGAAUGGCUUUAGGAAUCCAGAAACGCUUUAGCCCGGAGGUCCUUGGUUUGUGUGCAAGCACUGCUCUGGUUUGGGUCAUCAUUGAGGUUCUUGUAAUGUUGCUGAGUCUGUACCUGCUCACAGUGCAUACUGAUCUUUCAACCUUCGACCUUGUUGCCUACAGUGGAUACAAAUAUGUUGGAAUGAUCUUCACUGUUCUUUGUGGACUUCUGUUUGGCAGUGAUGGUUACUUUGUUGCUCUCGCCUGGUGCUCAUGUGCCCUCAUGUUUUUCAUCGUCCGUUCUCUCAAAAUGAAGAUCCUUUCUUCACUGUCUUCAGAUGCAAUAGGUGCAGGAGCAAACACCAAACCCCGUCUAGGCAUGUACAUCACCGUGGCUUCUGCUGUCUUUCAGCCAAUCAUUAUCUACUGGCUGACCGCUCAUUUGGUCAGAUGACCAGGCAGAAAGAUUCACAUGGAGGAAAAGAACUUUAAAGCAGUGACUGUUGUCUAAAAAAUAAAAUCAUGACUCCAUAGCUUUCUUUGCCAUUUCAACCUGGAUACAUGGCCUGCCAGUAAUCAUAAUUUUUCCUGGGUUUAGGAACAUGCCAUGGAUUUAUAAUUAUCAUUGAAACUGUCAUCUUUUGAAAAGAUUUCCAGAAAUUUCUUAAAUUUUUUCAGUUUCAGAAUUUUACAUUUUAAGUAUUAAUUGUUUUUUUUUCUGACUUUUAAAUGUUAAGGAACAAAAUAUCACUUCUCAUUUAAGCUGAAUUGUUCAGUUUACCCGGUGUCUCUUACGCCCAGCGAGAUUUUGUGUGGUAUAGUGUAAUUGUGUUAAACACACUCAGCUGAGGCAAUGUGCCCUUUUUUUAUUUAUCUGUGCAUCAACAACAGUGCUUUUUCUUACAGUUGAAUAAAUGGUCAGAUAAAUUUUAA